CUCUACAAAGUUACACUGUUACUGAGUGGGAGGGUGUAGGGACCGGAUUGGAAAUUGGGUUUUAAAUACACUACCAGUUUCCCUGUACCCAACAGCAUAUGGAUGGUACAGGUAGCCUGCAUGCUGAAGACAUAGGUAGGCUCACCUGAGGCGUCUGACAAGGAGCUGCAAGCAAGAUUUUCUAAAUCGCCAUUGAACUAUAACCUUCCUCACAAGUAAUCAUGUUACUUCAAAUGCGACCUUCAUACAUUAUUUCACUACUAAGUGUAAUUGCUCUUAUUUUGAUUGGACCUGGAUGCGGAAAGCGCUACGCACCAAACUGGGACAGUCUGGAUGCAAGACCCCUGCCCCAGUGGUUCGACGAGGCGAAGGUCGGGAUUUUCGUCCACUGGGGGGUCUUCUCGGUCCCCGGCUUCGGCCAGUAUAGUGAGUGGUUCUGGUACUGGUGGCAGUCCGCAAAGCGCGAAGAGUUUGUUGAGUUUAUGCAGAAAAACUACCCGCCGGGUUUUAAAUACGCGGAUUUUGCGACAGAGUUUCACGCGGAAUUCUUCAACCCGGAUACAUGGGCAGAAAUAUUCAAAGCAUCUGGUGCCAGGUAUGUGGUUUUCACAUCCAAACACCAUGAAGGAUUCACAAACUGGCCCUCAGCAGGCUCCUGGAACUGGAACUCAGUGGAUGUCGGUCCUCACCGGGACCUGGUGGGAGAGCUGGCUGCAGCUGUCAGGAAGCAAUCACUGCAUUUGGGUCUUUACCACUCUCUGUAUGAAUGGUACCAUCCCCUUUUCUUGAUGGAUCAAGCCUCCGGCUUCAAGACUCAAUAUUUUGUUGCCCGUAAGACUCUUCCUGAGCUGGUGGACCUUGUGAUGGCGUACAAACCUGAUCUGAUCUGGUCUGAUGGGGACUGGGCAGCUCCGGAUACGUACUGGAACUCCACCCAGUUUCUUUCUUGGCUCUACAAUGACAGCCCAGUCAAGGAUGUGGUGGUCACCAACGACAGGUGGGGUAAUGGCUGCUAUUGCAAACAUGGAGGCUACUACAACUGUGCUGACAGGUACACACCAGGUAAACUUCCAGACCACAAGUGGGAGAAAUGCCAGUCCAUCGACACCCGUUCCUGGGGCUACAGAAGAGACAUGAAGCUUAGUGAACUCUUGGACCUGCCUUCCAUCAUAAAGGACAUGGUGAAUGUAGUGGCAAUGGGUGGCAACUACCUACUGAACAUUGGGCCCAUGUCAGAUGGUAUGAUUGCCCCAGUGUUUGAGGAAAGGCUGAGGGGACUUGGUGCCUGGUUGGGGAUAAAUGGGGAGGCUAUCUAUGCUUCCAAACCCUGGAGGAUCCAGACUGAGAACAGCACUGUCCAAGUCUGGUACACUGCUAAAAACAGCACAGUUUAUGCCAUAAUCCUUGGUUGGCCACCCAGACAGCUACUUAAGCUUACAACACCAAGGAUAUCUGGGGCAACAAAAGUGACACUUUUGGACUAUCCUAACAUACCACUGAAGUGGGCACCAGUGACACAAACAUCUGGACUCAUGAUUCUUAUGCCUGCUAUGCCAGUAUCUCCUGGAAAUGCCUGGACUCUGAAACUGGAGGGUGUAGCUUAACAUCAGCGUGGCAACAAAAGGAGCCUUAAAGUUUUACCUCAGUUACUCGUUUGACAAAAUAUACAGUUAAUGUGUGUGUGAUUGUAGAUGAAUUUAUCGAUAAGGUUUGGGUGCUGGUGUCAAAAAAGUUAUUUCUUAAUAAUCUCAAUAAUUCUCUUAAUGCUUCCUAUGCUUCCUUGAGAAAUGAAAAGAAACGUAGUGUUUCAGAUGGGUAUGUUGCCUCACGAUUGCAGUAAUUUUUUAUAUGUUUUUAUAGUGAAUUUACAAUAAGUACAACACAAUAAACAAUAAAUGUAUAGUAUAGGCUACUGUCAGCGUAUGAUAUGGACAUUUUGCAUGUGAAUGUUAAUGCCAUAGUGUGAAACAUCAAAGACUGGAAAAGUGAUAAUUUUCCUCCAAAAUUAAAGA